AUCAUCAAUAAAUAGGCACUUGUUUUGCGCAAUACCAGUAGACGGACUUCGUAAGCUCACUAGUACAGAACUAUACACAGACACUAAAUCCUAUACCUACUGAUAAUGGAUCCCAUGGAGAACACAGAUCAAGAACUGGAUUAUAUUGAGGAGUCGGAAGAUGAAACCACUACCCCCGAGAAAACUGACCCCAUCCCCGGCGGCAGUAUGAGAGGGGAAUAUGUUUCUAUGCACAGUUCAGGGUUUAGAGACUUCCUUCUCAAACCGGAACUGCUCAGAUCGAUCGCCGACUGUGGAUUUGAACAUCCUUCACAAGUUCAGCACGAGUGCAUUCCUCAAGCGAUUUUGUCUAUGGAUGUGUUAUGCCAAGCGAAGUCUGGUAUGGGAAAGACCGCUGUCUUUGUACUGGCGACACUUCAGCAGCUGGAGCCUGUGGACGGGCAGGUCUCCAUCAUUGUUUUGGCACAUAUCCGAGAACUUGCCUUCCAGAUCGCAGACGACUACCGAAAGUUAUGUCGUCAUAUAAACAAUGUGAAGGUCGCUGUAUUCUUCGGAGGAAUCCCUAUCAAACGUGACGAGGAGGUGCUGUCCAAGAACUGCCCCCACAUUGUCAUAGGAACCCCUGGUCGUAUCUUAGCCCUGGCUCGGAAAGGGGCACUGAAGUUAGGGAACAUCCGCCAUUUUGUUCUAGAUGAAUGUGACAAGAUGCUAGAAGUAUUAGGCAUGCGAAAAGAUGUCCAGGAGAUAUUCAAGAUGACGCCACAUGAGAAGCAGGUCAUGAUGUUCAGCGCCACCUUGGGGAAGGAAUCUCGUCUUGUCUGCAAGAGGUUCAUGCAGGAUCCCUUGGAGGUUUAUGUAGAUGACUGCUCCAAGUUGACCUUGCACGGCCUUCGACAGUUCUAUGUCAAAGUCUCAGAGAAGGAAAAGAACAGACAACUGAUGACGCUUCUCGAUGCUCUGGAAUUUAAUCAGGUUAUCAUCUUUGUUAAGUCCGUCCAGAGAUGUAAAGCUCUAACCCAGUUGUUGAUGGAACAGAACUUCCCCGCCAUAACCAUUCACAGCGCUAUGCUACAGGAGGAAAGGUUAUCUCGUUACAAACAGUUCAAAGAUUUUGAAAAGCGGCUUUUAGUGGCCACAAAUCUGUUCGGCAGAGGGAUGGACAUUGUUGGAGUCAACAUUGUCUUUAAUUACGACAUGGCAGAGGAUUCAGACACAUUUCUUCACAGGGUGGCUAGAGCCGGGAGAUUUGGCACGAAGGGUAUGGCAAUCACAUUCAUCUCCAACGAAACGGAUGCCGCCAUAAUGAACGCGGUACAGGCGAGAUUUGAGGUCAAUGUACCUGUCUUACCUGAGGAAAUCGACACCUCAUCAUACCUUCCGGGAAAAUGAUGAAGCACUAUGAAAAGAUGGCAAGAUCACGACUCAGACAGAAGAUAAAAGACGAUUUUUGUGGUAUUACUAGAAGAAAUAUUACCGAUUUGUGAAACAAACACUAUCGGAGAACUUGUGUCGAUAUUGUGUGCAAUAGAUCUGAUUUAUGGCUGUCAAAGAUGAGGAAAAGAAUAAACAAUACAAAAGGGCAAACAAAAAUUUGAGGAAAUCGUUCCAAAUAAUAUAAGGAGUGAAACAUGGACCAUGAUGCUGAAGUGUUUAACGUUUUAAAAUUGAGUCUGACAAUUUUUAAAGUUAUUUUUAUAUUCUAACAGGUUCUUCUUUUCCCAUGUAUCACUGUCUUAUUCAAAUAAUAAGUACCAGAAUUGUAACAAACGAUUCUUGAGUAAGACAGAGCCCAUGAAAAGUAGCUGUCUUAAAACUUACAUUAAGUUGAACAAUUAACUGUACAUGAAAAGGCUCAGACAAAUCAUGUGACACGUUUCAUUGAAAGUAGAGUCACCCAUAUGUAUACAUAUAAAACAUAAAAAGUGACAGUUGUUGCAUUAGAAAGGUGGGAUAUUAAGUUUUGAAAUAUACAUUGUGAUGUAUUUGUUUGAUCACAUUUUGAAGUCUAUAAUGUGUUGUAUAU